AUGACCACUGGGGGCAGCGAGCACAGGGGACACUUAUACUACAGAGCCACCCACAAGGGGGUGGCUGAACUAGGAAGAGAGUGGCCAGCUGGGGUCAAAGCUCUCCAUAAUGCUGGUCAUGACCACAGCUUUUCUAACAUUUUUUUUCUUACACUGGAUAGUUGUGGUAAUUGCACUUUUUCCACCCAUACUUCUCAGGGAAGCAGUUCAUCACAGCUUCUGUCUUGGACCGUUCAGCCACUUUUUGAAGUGAUUCCAGCUCAACCAGAGCUAGUGUUUCUUCAUCCAACCACCUCUCCUCCCAUUAACUCUCGUCUUGUUGGUGAAAAGGGAAGUGACUCUACAAAUUACUUGUCUAUCCUGAACUUCUACACAAAGACAGCACCACAUCCCUGCAAAAGAGAUUGUGUCUUGUAUCUGGAGGGAAGAGGGAGAACCAGCGGAUAGAAGUGGCUUUACACAUAUACUGCUAUGUGCAGUAAUACUAGUGUUUUUCCCCAAGUAUCACCUGACUGUAAGCCUGCUCAGGACUCUACUCAGCAGAGUUCUCCAGGUUUGGUGGCUAGUGAAAAAAUGUCAACCAUUGAUGGUUUUCAGUAUAUAUCUACUGACAAUCAGAAGGCCCCAGGUUUGAUGCCCUUUUCUCCUACUGGACUCCUCCACACAUCAAACUGCACAUCUCCUGAGAUGGAGAAUCCAGUACAUCAUAUCAUGCAAUUUGCAACCUACAAUCCAUCAUUGGCAGCAGAAGAACUUUACACUACUCCUGACCUAUUGUUGCAUCAGCAAAGCAAGCGCAAGCGCUUUCAGAAUACCUUUGUUGUGUUGCAUAGGUCUGGAUUGCUGGAGAUCACCUUGAAAACAAAGGAGCUGAUUCAUCAGAACCAGAUAACACAGAUUGAACUGGACCGACUGAAGCAGCAAACACAAUUGUUCAUGGAGGCAAUAAAGAGCAAUGCUCCUGAAGCCUGGGCAGAGCUAGAGGCAUCUCUAACAGGGUCAGAUAAAGCUGACAGCAUCCUUCAGGCUUCUCCUACAUAUCCUAGCAUAUAGUACAAAAGAUAUAUAGCUGUUCAAGGGAUUGCUGUGCCUCAUUUCCUUUGUCUCAAGCUUUUACAAAAGCAUUUUCUAAGUUUGAGACUGCUUUAAAAACUCAUUCACAAAGCAGCAUACCAUUAAUAAACUGUCCCAAAUGCCAAUUAUGACAUGGCAUAAUGGUAGACCUUGGCAGGAAUUAGCACUGCUUCAUGUGACCAAGAGCUGAGUAACUGUGCGCUUCUUUGGACCAUGUAGGUGUGGAAGUGCUGUGAUAUGUGUUCCCACUCUUCUGAUGAAGAACAUUGCAAAUGGCUCUUUCCUAGCAAGCACCUUUUUUUAUCCUUCUCCCCCCCUCUCCCUUCCUUGCUCACGCACGCGCCCAUCUCCAGACAGCCAAUUCACAGACUGGGGAAAAAAUACCUGGUCUAGUGUAGCCACUUAUGAAUGUUGGGAAAGAGGAAACUUGACAGGUAACAUGGUAUAUCUGGCUUUGGGUUAGUACUCCAAAGACACAAGGUGGCCUUGCUUUUGGAUAAUCACCACAUUGAGCAAGUGGAGUCCUGCUUGCAUUUAAGCGGCGCUCCAGUCCAUAGCUUGAGCAAGCAGGAGAGGGGGAGAUAUUAGAAACAAAUGUAACAAGUAGUUCUAAGCAAGCCCUGUCAGCCUGCCUAUUUUAGCUUCUUUAAAGUUGAGAGCUGGGUGAAAACCUGAAAGCACUAAAUCUGCACUGGAAGUAUUUAUUUCAAAGCAAGUUUAUUUGCAUUGCUCAUUAAUGGCAAACAACUGUACUAAGCAAGGUGACUUUGGAUUUCCCAGGUAUGCAAUGAGACAAACACUGACUGUUACUUUUUUUAAAAAUCAGCUCUUAUGGGAUUUUUUUAGUUGUCAAACAAUGAAGAUUCAUAGAUUCUAAGGCCAAAAGAGAACAAUGUGAUUAAAUCGUAUGACUUCCUUUAUAAUACAGGCUAUAGCACUUCCCCAAAAUAUGUUCCUUGCUAGGCAGCUAGCAAGAUCAACUAUGCAUCCUUUGGUCUUGAUCCUGUUUAGGAGAGACUCUAUUCGGGCUGUGAAAUCAUCUUGCUAAGAUUAAAGAAGGAGAAAAAUGGUUAUACAAGUUCUAAAGUGAAACAAGCCCCGUUUCUUAUAAGAAACAUCUGUGUGUCACUAAAAGGGACUCCGGGCACCUUGUGACAACGUCACAAGAAUAUGACCUGAAUUAUAUUGAAAAGAGCGUUAAAUGUUCAAGGUGAGUAUUAUCAUUUCCAACCUUCCUAUCUUGAAGCCUGCACUCACACAAUGAUUCUGGUAUAGGUUGAACCUCUCUAGCUCUCUUUAUUUUUAUUUCACCAUGGUGAAUAAACUGAACAGUACUUGUAACGCUGCUUAGUAAUGUAUGAUUGUACUGAUACACCAUAUACAAGGCUUAUCAGCUCUCUUCAUAACAAAGUGUUAAUGUUGUUAUACAAUUUUACUGUAUUGGUACAAGGAAGUAAAUAGAUAAAGCAUAAAAACAUGCUUACAUUUAGUGGCAUUUCCAACGCUUCCACUGCUUACUGGUCUCUUAGAAGACAUUUAGGGGUAAAUUAGAGUUAAAUAACAGCACAGAACACUGAGAGCCACGACUGGUGGCUGUAAACAAACUUUAUGGGCCUGCAGGAAACUUGGCCACACCCAUGAUAAGUGGAUAUCCAGCUAACUAAAAUCAUGCCGAAUCACAGAUGUUGCCAAUCCAGAGUGUACUGGACUGUAGAGGCAUUAGACUUAUUGUCAAAUGAACUUGGCAAUCUUGUUUCAAACGCUGUUCUACAGACACAUUCGUAUUGUUUAAAUUUAACUUGUCACUCGUUUGUAUUCCCUUCAACAUGAGCCAUGUCUUUCAAAUACUCCUGUAUAAUCUAAGAAUGAGUAAUCUAAGCAUGAAGUGAACCAUCUCUCCCAUACUAAAUUAUAUGAUCAGUGUUUGAUCCCUUUGAUUUGACAAUGGCUUUCAAACUAAACUUGUAUUUAAUGUGAUCAAGUAUUACUUGGACAUUCUUAUAUUUUCUGCAUGAAUUUCAGUUUCUCAUAAAGAAACCUAAAUUAUUUUGAUUUAAAGUUUUAGAGUUGGCCUUUUGUCUUUAAAAUUCAGUGACUUGAUUCUUUCACCCUUCUCAUGGUCUCAGAUGAACAUUGCAAGAGGCCCUAAAGAAUUCUCCUACAGCAUUACUGUAACAAAUGCCUUAGAAAACUUUUUGGAGGUAGGAAACGAGACUUCUCUUUUCAGCACUUUACUUAGCUAACUGAAAAGGAAUUGCAUACAUGCCUCAAGGGGGGUAGAACAUGGAAGUCAAGCAUGGACUGGCCUCUGGAGCUACAGAGAGAUUUCCCAGAUGGCUGCAUGACUCUGUCCCUCUCAAAAUCCAACUGAAUAUAGUUAAGCACAAUUCCAGCUGUCGGGUAGAGUACCACCAAAGAAAGUGGGGGAGGGGUGCAGAAGAUUAGAAUUUGGCCAGAGUUUCCUGUGUUGCCUCACGUUGAACUUAGCUUGCUAUGGUUAACACGUUGCAUAGUGAUACCAAAUUCAAACAAGAGGCUACAUAUGGCAGCAGGGCAUCACAUGGUCUUGGCCAAAUACUGAAACACCUGAAUCCACUAGAGUAUCACAACCAAAAGUUACUACAGUGGAACUACCACCACCUCCUUUUUGAAAGGGAGUAAAGGUUGGUCCUUUGAUCAGAGUGUUCCAAGUGCUUGUGUAUGACACUGGGAGGGAGGGGAAUAAACAUAUGAGCCACCUGGUCCUACUGUGAGUUCCUUUUGUUUCCUUGGAAGCUCUUCUUCUCCCAUCUGAGAUUGUGUAGACCCUAAUUAUUAAGAAUGAUUGUUCUGGAAAGUGAAGUAAUGGAUCUAGAAUGAAUUGUGGAUAUUUUAGAGAUGAAAGGAAUGGAGGAUGACAAAAACUCAACUGGAGGUGUUUUAAAGUAAGCGAGAGAGGGCUCCCACUUGCUCUGCUGGGGUGGAGCAGAUAGGCCAGAAAAUUACCCUAACCAGGGUAUAAUCUAUUUGCUAAUGUAGGAAAACUCCUAGACAGUGUAAAUCUGCUGUAGUUUGCACAUCACAGGCUCUCACAGGCAGUGGGUUAAAGUGGUAUGCUCAGAGCUGAUGGACCUUUCUAACUAGUGUAGUCUUAUAUAAAAUAUAUGUGAAUGUAAUAAAACUAUGAAUAGAAGUUCAACAAUUGCUUAGAAAUCACACUGGCAGUCAGAAUCUAAACUUCUUAUUCUGUAUAUACUGGAUUAGAAAAAUCUUCAAAGCUACUGAAUAAAUCAGGUUACUUAGAAACCAUAUCCCCAGAUAAAUUAGCAAUUUAGCACAUUAAUGAAGUAUGCUGGAGGGCACUGAUGGUAGAUAUACAAAAUGCUGCCUUUAUUGCUGGAUGCCUUAGUGAAGCUUUUUUCCUACUCUAGCUGUAAAUUUGAUAAAAUAAAUGGGAAUGGAGCUAUAGUGAGAGAAUUAAACUGUUUUAAUAGACUUGGUCAGAAGCCGAAGCCAGUUCUAGACAGAAUCCAGAACCUGCCUACCAAAAACAGGAGCCACUUCAAUUAAACAAUUCUCUAGGCAUUGACUCUGGAGGUUUUGGGGGUUUUUUUAUAUGUGGAUCAACUAGAAUUUGCUUUAACAAACUAGUCUUUAAGCCAGAGGUCCUGAGCUCUGAAAGGUCACCUGGACAGUUUCUGCAGCUUAAGCUUUGUCUGUUGCUGCUGCCACCAGCUGUCAGGAAUGACUAGGAAAAGGGAAGACUGACGGGUCAAGCAAAUUUCUUCUGCUUUCAUGUAAAAGUUUUAAUAAUUUUAUACAUCUUGAAUUUUUAAUUGCUAUCAUGAAGUUUUUUUUAAAAACUUUGAUAAUUAUGGUUGAAUGUAAAUAUUUUCUGUACCUACAAGUGCAUUGCAAAAUCUGAAUACUGUAGUAUAAGAACUUGAUGAAAAAUGUGACUUUUUUUCUGAAAAGCUUUAUAGGAACAGACUGUGAAAUAUGAAUGAAAUAAAGUGUAUGCCUGAAAAAUUGUGUGUUGCUAGAAUAUUGUUAAACUAUGGAGUUCUUUAUGAUAAAAUGCUCUCUACAAACACACCUCUGGGGGAAUUUUGUGCCACUGUACAUGUGCAAAAUUCAUACAUCCUGCAGAUAAUUCAUUCUGCUGGAAAGGCACUGCAGUUACACCUUUUGCCUACCAGGGACUGCUGUGGAAAUAGAAAAGAGUGC